UCUGCUCGCAUCGAUCGCUUGGGGCGUCAUCGCUGCCACCGAAGCCUCCGCCACCGGUGUCCCACACCGGAGCUGCCGCAGGCGUAGCGGCCGCCGCGGCGCCGCGACCGGCAACGCCAUCCCGCGCUGGACCUCUUCUUCUCUCCUUCCCGAUCUCGCGGUGGGAUUGCAGCGGCCGAGUGAAGGAGACCCAAAGGAGAGGGGAUAUCCAGGCACCGGAGAGGAGGGGACGGAGGAGGAGGAGGAGGAAGAAGGUGGCCUCGCACGCAUCAGCUUUGUCCUUCCCAUGCCAGACUCACCCACGUUCGGUUGCUGUUCUUGAUCCAACGCCCCGGUGCACACAAGGUGUUUGAGGAAAUAUGAUGACUUCGAGAUCAAGAUCUGAUGCAUUUAUUCAGUCCCAUGUGUCUGACCAUGAAAGAAGAUUGAAUGACCUGAAUUAUAGAGUCAGACAAGUUAAUCUACCUCAAAUGGAAUGCAUUAAUGCUAUAAAACAAAUUAAAGCAGAAGCUUCAAACAGGGAUAAAUUAGAACACUUCACUAUGAAUUCCAGAGCUGAAGAAGAUGUUGACUUAAGGAGCCAUGAGGGAAGUGGUGAGGAAACUGAAUCAGAAGAUGAAGAAGAUGACGGUGAACAUGGUGAUGAAACUGAAUCGGAAGAUGAAGAAGGUGAGUCUGGACAAGAAGAUGAACAUGAACAAGAAGAGGAAGUUCGACAAGAACAGGAGCAAACACAUGAAGUUGUAGAGAAGACAAGAAGAUGACCUACUCACAUGAGGCGCUUCUGGAAAGAACAUGAUGUUGAUAACAAGAUCAAUUUGAAGUUCAACAGAUUUGGUCAGCCAUGUGGUUUGAAGACAUGCAAGCUGACAAAUUUUAUUGGAACCCUAGUGAAAGGAAAAGAAAUGUCCUUAGCUGCUCAAAACUGGAGCAAAGUACCAAAGUUAGAGAAAGAAAAGUUGUGGGAUUCUGUCAAGGCCUUUUUCAACAUUGAUGAGUCAUACAAAAGAUGGGUGUUGAGAUCAGCCAGUAAAAAAUGGAAAGACUUCAAGGUUGUUUUAAAGAGGAAAUAUUACAAAGCUGAUUUGUCACGGGCACGGAAUAUUCUUAAUGGUUGUGAUAAUAGAAUCCCAAUUGGACAGUGGGAGUGGCUAGUAAAACACUGGAGAACAGAAAAAGCUAAGGUGAGUACUCAAUGGUGUAGUUUUGUAUCCUAUGCUAAAUAUGUGUUCCACAUAUAAGCUUGUGAUGAGUUUCUUCAUCAUAUUUGUAUGUCCAUGAAAAAUAUGAGAGAAACAAAGCCACUCGGGCAUCGCAACUCGAGGGAUGCAAGGGGACCCACACCGCUGGGUCACGAAGUUUUGCAGUUGUCCUUGAUCAAAUGGAGAUGGUAGAGGGUAGAGAAAUUGGGCGUGCCGAGCUUUACGUGGUUACGCAUACAAAAAACAAUGGAUAUCCAGUCAACCAACAAAGCGGAGUAAAAAUGGAUGACAUUAAAAAAAGGAUUCGGGAAGAUCCUUCUUUGAUUGGUGAGGAGGCCCGUGAUGGUGAUCUUUAUUCAUCAAUUUUCCCAAAAGAAAAGAAAGGAAGGCCAAGUGGCCUUGGUCUAUUAGUAGGUGGAGUCGCUUCGGAGCGCCUUGCUCAAGUUGAAGCUGAACUACAUGCUGCUAAACAAGAGAACAUGGAGCUUCGGCAUGUGGUGCAUACUCUGGUGGCAAAUCAAACUUCAAUAAUGGCCAAGAGUGAGAGAAUGCCAGAACAGUACAAUGAGCUAAAAAGUUUGAUCAUAGCUUCUAGGGGGUCUGUUGAAAUGGGAGAGAUUCCAGAAAAGGAGCUUCCAAAUAAAGAUCCUUCUAAGGACUUGGAAAACAUGAAUGACGAAGAACAAGCAACAUCACUUUCAUAUACUACCAAGGCAAUGGCUGCUCCAAGGCAUCUAGAUAAGGUGAAGGCAACCCAACUAGAAUCAAGGAUAACAGAAUCAGCACUACCAAGUCUUGCGCCUGUGCCAAAACUGAAGAAGACAAAGACAACUAAACAUAAGAAACCAGGAAUAUUUCAAACACCACUCCAAAAGGGGCCAAAGGACGAAUUAAAAGAUACCAUAAAGUGUGGCAUGGAAGUUAGUUUGACGUCACCAAACAGUGCAAGUGUGGUGGCAAUGGGAACCAUUCAGAAAACUGAUAGAAAAGCUAAAGCUAUUGAUGGUGAACCACUAGCUGAUUGUGUUGAAGUACUUGUCAACAUCGUGCUCAAAGAAACAACUGAGCUGCCUCGUGCACAAGGGAAAAUAAACAGGCUAGGAAAUGCCCAAGCUAGGUGUAUUCCAUGGCCACGCAAAAAUAUUAUGCAAACAGACCGUACUACCGUGCUGCAUUCUAAGGUUUCUAGUGUUUGUAGUCAGAUGUCUUUCAACAAUAGUGAGAAUGUGGAUCCCAACAAAACAACUACUGGAACUCAGGUGACCAACCAUCAGACUGGUUGCAGUACUUCAAAAGGUGCAUUGAGGAAUACACUGAAGAGAAAGAAAGUUUCUGAGACAACAAGAAUGAAAAAAGGUACUCAAGCAAUCUCUGCUACAACCGGAAAGAACAUACUUAGGAAUUCGGGCAGGGAAACAUGAAAGAUGGUCAUAAGUGAGUUGUACAUGCCUUUUCCUAUAACACUUGUUCGUAUUGUUGUCACAACAGUAGGAAGUGACCUAUGUGUUUCUGAUUGAUACUUCGAUAUUGUUUCUGAAUUUGUGAAGAUGUUCUGAUGGUGAUGCUUUGCAUUAUUCACGUGCACGAUGAUACUUCUAGCCGAUGCAAGCUUCUCAAUAUUUUUUUCUAUUGUAUGUGUGUUUUUACAGAGCUAGAUGCAAAUUAUUGAGCUUGCUGUAACAGUGGUUUUAUCAUAUUCUUAUUAUGCAUAUGUAAAGUUUGUGGCAUUCUUAUGUGCCCUGGAAACAUUUUGGAGGCAAUACAAAAGACGCCACAUAAUGGUUUUGAGGCAUUCUUUAGAAAUGCCACAAAAAUGUCUUGAAGGCAGUAUGAGAGA